UGACUUUAGGAUAUUUUGAUGAUAUAUUAAUUCCUACUCAUGAUGAUGAUGGAUGGAAGUUUGAUCAUGAGACUCAAGUAUGGGUGCGCUUGUGGGAUAGUCACAUUCCGGAAGAAAGCUGGAAAACUCCUGAAGAUAAAUAUGUAUAUAUGUAUAUGGAUAAAGGUGCAACUAUUAGAUUUCGUGUUAUAGAAGAAAAAUUUACAGAUGUUGGUACAAAAAGACCACCACCAAAAAGGACAGGUGCUGUAGCAGGACAAAAAGCUCCUAUGCCUUCAUCAUCAUCUUUACCAUCAGAUGUUAUGAUUGUGGGUAAUAAUCGUAUUACCCCAAAUGUAAAUACUGACUCAACUAUAAAUCCUCCAAGUUUUGGAAAUAAUCAAACUGGAAAUAUUACUUCAACAUCUAUACCAAGUUCUUCAACUUCUUUAACAAUUCCUGGAAAAAUAACAAAACAGGCACCAUAUGAAUUGAUUGGUUCAAUUGCUGAAGUGGGAUUGGGUAUAACUUCUUGGACAUGGGAUCAUUAA